CACAGACAGUGAAGACCGUACCAUGAAUAUAUGAAGAGAAGAACACAAAUACUUACUACAGAUUCAAGAGGAAGCUUUAAAAAGAAAAGACAAUGAUGGAGAUAUCUAACACAAGCUCAGAACAACAGCUUAUUUCCCUAAAUGAAACUCAGAUCUCCAAAACACUAUAUUCGAUCUUGAUAUCACUCUACAGUGCUGAUCUAGCUGGAGGUAUUACUGGAGUUGUCCUAAUGUCCCAUCACUUGCUUCAAAGAAGAUCACAGACUGUGAUGACUGCUAUCAUCAUCAAUCUCAUGGUAGUGCAUACCAUUCUGUUACUUAGCCUUCCAUUCCGCCUCAGCUAUUAUAUUUCAUCUGAAUGGAAACUGGGGUGGCUCACCUGCAGAAUGGUUAGUGGCCUGAUUUACUUGCAUAUGUAUACCACUUUCAUUUUUUAUGUAGCUAUUAUUCUAAUACGCCUGUUGAAACUGGAGUUUAAGAAGUGCUACACAACAACCUGGCUUGCUGGUCUCUGGCUUGUGGGAACUCUGGUGAUCUUACCUAUUUUUAUUUCCUAUUACGGCACCACUGACAGCUACAAAGAUUCAGAAUGCUUUCAGUUCCAGAAAGACAUCAUGAAGAAGGGCAUGAUGAUAACAAACUACUGCUUGAUUGCUACUUUGAUGGCAAUAUUCUUUGUGCUCACCAUAAUCCAAUUAGCCAUAAUCUUUCAACUGGCAGUGAAGUACUGGCCUGAAAUGAACUCACAUGUGGAAUUCAGAGCUCACAUGAAGAGUUUCUUCUUCACCUUGGUAAUACUAGUCUGCUUUAUACCUCAUCAUGUAUUUCGACUAUACUAUAUUAAACAUUUCCACCAGGAUGAGGACCAUAAACUACUCUUAUACAAUGAAAUCUUCUUAGCUUUUACAGCUAUGUGCUGCUUGGAUAUGCUGUGUUUUGUAGCAGGAAUAGCCCAUUAAAUUAUACGUAGCUGGUAAAAUAUAUGUUGCUGUGCAGCUUUCAGUUCUUUGUAGCAGAAAGACACUAUCUAAAAUGUUCCUUUGAUCUACGGGGAUUACAGUUUUAGUAUGAGGACAAUUUGGUUUGGAUUUCUAUCGUGUUCAGGUUUUAGACCCUGGUAUGUCAUAACCUUCAGAAGUCACCGGUCCCCAUUCUCUCCCAUGAAGACAAUAUUUCUGAUGCCUGACUAUACAACUAAUCUUUGACCAAAGUAGAUUGGUUUGUACCUAUGUCAAGUUUCACCAAUAAUUCUCUCUCUGUUUCUAAUAGUUGACAUCCAAGGAGUUACUCUUUCCUCCUAAAGUUUCUCAGUCAUGACAGACUACCUUCUCCAGUAAAUGGUCUGUUAGACUUGGUUCAUGUUGAGGAUGGCAGGCAAACGUGAAACAACUUUUAACUGGCCAAUAAUUAGAAAGAAACUUUAAAUGAAGGAGGAGAAGAAACCUAUUUAAAUACCAGCCUAUUUAUUUCAAAACUGAUUUUCAAUCUUCAGGUGCGAUUUUUCUAGUCUUUGGACCUAAUUCAUUUCCUUGUUAAUUCAAAAUCACUUUCAAACAGCAUACAAGGAGGAACAGAGUUUCAUAACACAUUUCUUCAGAGCUUUGCUCAUGCAAAAAGUUCUGGUCUCACAACUCCACCUUUAUUUUCAUGAUUUCAAUAAUCAAGUGGCUUAUUCAAAUAUGCUAAUCAUCCAUUUACAUACAAAGACCUGAAAAGGUCAAGUUUUUCAGACAUCUGCUUAGCAUCACUCCUAAGUCAGGAUCAUAUCUACUGCUGAUAUUUCUGGGGCUCUGAACAUAAGGACUGGAGUUACAAUACAAUCUCAGGCAGUCCCUUCUUCUUUGAAGGACUGGACAACAAAUUCAGUAACAAGGGAAAUACUUUGUCAGUUCCCAAAAAAACACAUAACAAUUUCUCUUUUUGUGUCCCCUGACAAAGGCAGUGCCUGGGGUUGCUGCCCCUAUUGCCGCCUCCUCCACCCAUCCCAGUUUCGCUACUGAGAAAAAGCAGCAACUGUGGUCUGAUAAUGUCCUGAAAGCCAUUAAGCUGGGCUUCAGUUUUCGUCUCUGAUAAAUUCUUUGUGACGUAGGACAAGGAAUCACUUCCCCUACUUAAUCCUUGGCUCCUUCUCUAUACAACUGCUACAUAAAAAAUACUUACACACAUUUGUAAAAUACUUUGAGAACAACAGGGGGAAAGGGCAAAGUAUAGACCGGGGGUU